CGACUCGCACUAUAAAGUCAGUGAGACGCUCGUGAAUGCGUUCCUCACGUUGCAGCUUGGCGCGCAUUUCACUCGUCGGGGAGUCGUGAGCAAAACCGCAGGCAUAUAGCCGCAGUUGUCAUACGGAACGAGACGUCCCGCCUCUGCUUGCUGCCUCCCCAGGUGGAGCAUUCGCCUCGAUCCGAGCGGCGUGUUGCAACGUGUUCAAACAUGGAAUGCCGACUGAAUAUUGGGGUCAUCUUACUAGCCUGCUUGGUGCUCCAUGCGCAAGCAUCUGUGAUUGACAUCCUCAAAAAACAUUUUGCAAAGGAAGACAUCUGUGAAAAGCUUAGUAAUCGCCUAAAGACAUGCCUCAAUGGAUUCGAAGGGCUCGAAGUGCGGUAUUUCAAGAACAGGCUCAGCGACCAAGGAACUCAAGACCAGCUCAUGGGUUGCGUCAGGCGGAGGCUUGUGGAGAGACACAUCGUCAGGAUAUGUGACGGCAACAACUCGGAGGAAAUUCUAGUUGGCUGCAUCAACACAUCUCUCAGGGAACAUGUGUCACCCAUAGUACGCUGGAGGGUGGCGAGAUUCGCGAACAAAAUCAGGGUGUGCCUUGGCAAAUACAAGGGCAAGGACGAGUCUAGAAGGGAAGGAACGUCUAUGCCGAUAGACGACGACCUGCUCGAGUCCCCGCACGUCACAAACGCGCCAGACGACUCCUUGUUGGAAUAAAACGAAUCCUGCACGGCGUAUGGGAAAGCAGGGUCAGUGUUGGAACAAAGUUGGACCGUCGUUAGACGGCAUUGGCUCUCAACACCGAACCAGGUUGGCCCCACGUAAAAUAUGCGCACGUGGGCCCUGUUUUCAGUGUCACGUUGAAAAGGGGUGAUGUCGAGAGUGCUCAAAUCAUGGCGCCGACUGGGAAUAAAGGUUUUCUUCAGCGCA